AUGAGCAAGAGACAAGCUCCUUCAUCAUCUAAUAGUAAAACUUCUCAACCUCAACAAAAGAAAGUCAAAAAAUCACCAAACGAAUACCGAGAACAAGAUAAACAAUAUAAAUAUGAACAGUCUGUGAGAUAUUCUUUGGAUUUCAAUAACCCAGAUUGUCCCAUGAUAUCUUGGUACGAUUGGAACGAGUGGUUAUUUGUAAAGCGAUACUUGUUUGAUCAACCUGAAACGACAGAAUUUUCGGAACGAGCAAUGGAAAUUUUAGGAAUGUGGAAAAACAAGUUUAAAAUUCAAACUUCAACAAUUGUGGAAGCAAGUUAUUUGUUUUUGGAAGGACUUCGGUUGGAUUCUCAAAUUUCUGUUCUAAAUACUCAAAAUCAUGCACUGCAUGUGAACGUGAAAUCUAUACAAGAACAAGCACUAAGUAAUGCAAUUGUUAGAUUUGUAAAUUUAUUUAGCAAGGAUGGGAAAACAAAACAAGCAUCAACGCUCGCAAUAGGAUCAAGGCAAGCUGAUUGUCCCAAGAUGCUCGUUGAUGUCAGAAAUGAAAUUUCUCACCGAAAAUUCCCUUCUAUUGAAAUUUUGCGAAAUUGUGCUAAACUCGCAUUAAAGUGGAUAAAACAGAGAUAUUGGGAUAAACAAGAAGAACAUUUACUCAAUUACCAGAAAGAAUGGAUCCAAAAUUCCAAUCAAUAUAUAAUACUUUUCAAGCAGAGAAUGGAAUUGCCGCAAGUGGAAGAAGCAUUUGAUAAAAAAGAAAAGCAACGACGAAAAGAACGAAUCGAUUUGGCAACGAGAGACAUUGAAAAAGUUGAAGAAAAGCUCAUUUCACAAUCCAAGGGACCUUGUUGCUCCUUUAUCAUUCAGACGUUUUUGUUACAAGUACUGACUGCUCCACAGUACAACACUCGAAAAACUUCUCCAGAUAUGGUUGUGAACAAAGUACGACAUCUUUUGGAUUUUCUAGAUUCAAGAAUAGACUUUGUUUCAGGUUUGAUCACGAACAUUUUUAUAAUCGUACGCGAUUUUGAACUUUAUUCCUCCAAGUACAAUAUUGAGAAACAUCCCAUGAUUGUGGUGGGUUGUACGGUUUCCUUUGAAACGAUUGAACUGGCGUUUGGCUAUUUUGAUUCCUUGUUACGGAUGCUGAUUAGAAAGUCUAAAGAGCGAGCGUUGGCAAUUAGUCAGUGGAUUUCUGAACAAGUAGAAAUUUCCAAGAGCGAAUUGCUAGAGGUUCUUCAAACAACUAUUCACAAACAUCUGAAAGAUGAGGUGGUGUCAUCAUCUCAUGUGCCUCUUGGUGUCGGUGACUCUGACACAGUUCUGUUCCACCACUUAUUGAAAAUUGAAGAUAUUGCUUCAAAUACAAUCUAA